GUCAAACAGCCAACGGGGAAGGGUGCACUCCUCUUUCCGCGCGAAAUGGAGAGCACGGCGAUUCUGAAGGAGUGGUUCGAACUGGUUGACUCUGACAAGAUAGGGAGCAUCACUGCCCCUCAGCUCAAGAGAGCUCUAGCAGUUGGGAACCUAGAAUUCCCUCUCUCCGUUGUAGAGCAGAUGAUCAGAAUGUAUGAUUUUGAUCGAAAUGGGGCAAUGAGCUUUGAAGAAUUUGUUGCUCUUAACAAGUUUCUUCUUAAGGUUCAGCAAGCUUUUUCAGACCUAGAAAGGGGUCGUGGAUUUCUUGUUCGUGAUGAUGUUUAUGAGGCUUUGAUGAAGGUUGGGUUUUCCCUUGACUCUCCUGCUUUCUAUACAGUCUGUGAGAGCUUCGAUCAGAAGAAGAAUGGAAGAUUCCGGCUAGAUGAUUUUAUAGCACUUUGUAUAUUCUUACAGUCUGCCCGGAAUCUGUUUAAUUCAUUUGAUACAGCUAAGCAAGGCCGAGUGACACUGGAUCUCAACCAGUUUGUUUACUGCGCUGCCAACUGUAGAAUAUGAGAAAUCAAACUACUCCACCGUGUUUCCUCGUCUAAAGAUACCCUCAGAAUUCUUUUGGUGUUUGAGGAAAAACUGUGGCAGAUCUAUGCAUUUUGUGUAUGCAUGCGUGUGAGGUUCUUUCUUCAUGACCCAUUCUAGUGCCUGGGUUGAAAGUGAACACGAGAUCUGAGAUCUGUUGUCCAUAUUUCUCUGUAUAAGUAUUAUAAGUGUGUAUUUAUUGCUUGAUUUCCAUUCAUGUCAAGAUUGAAUCAAUUUUCAUUGAUAUAACGCAAGCCAAGGACAAGGGAUAGCUCUCAAAAUCUUGAGCAAUCAUUUGUUUUCAUGUCAUCAAUGACCUUGGAGCUUGGAACC